AUGUUUCAACCCUACAACCUUACUUCAUUGGACCAUUUUUUGCCUCCAGUGCACCUUAAUCUAUCUCUUGCAUUUAGUUUGACUGACAAAGAUCGUGUACAGGCGCUCCAGCGAAUGGAGGAUGCAAUGGCUCGUGUGCUCUCCAAAUUCCCCUUCCUGGCUGGGAUGGUGGUACCAUCUACCCAGCGCAAUGGUAGAAGAAACGCACUUCAGGUGCGGCCUGCUACUGCUGCUGAGCUUGAAGAGUGCCAUAUUCUGGUCACUCAACAUCAUAUAGAGUCCACUGCUCUCACUGUGGACGGGAAAUUCAACACUGCCUUGACGCCAUUCCAAAUCGUCUCCCCUCCACCUAACCCUUCUCCUGUAUUACGGUUGAAGGCCAAUGUGAUAGGGAACGAGUUGCAUCUAGCUCUGUGCCUUGAUCACCGUGUAAUGGAUGGGUCAGGGGCUUUUGCAUUUAUCUCUACUUUGGGCGCGUACUGUCGUGAUCUAAAUGCUCCCGGGUCAUUCACAACGUCACUUGCACAAGAGGAAACAAGGAAGCAUAUCGAAGAAAUUGCAUCUACAGCCACACCGCAGGAUCUUCCAUGGACGAAAUUUCCUCCACAAACAAGCGAAGAUGAAGUACCCCCAGAUUCUAACCAAGUGCCCAUCAGUAUUCCUCAUGUACUCGAUGGCCGAAAGAUAAAAAUGCUGCACGACGCCUGCAAUUCGGUUUUGCAGUCUCUUCAUGAGAAAUACAAGAAGGAUCUUCCGGAGAUGUCCCUUUCGCCGAAUCUGGUCGUCACCGCACUAGUGAGCAUAUGUAGCAGUCGAGCCCGCUCGAAAGCUUUCCCCGAUAAGCCGGAACUCUCAUCCACGAUGUUCGUCGUGGAAAAUCUCCGAAAGGCACUCAAUUUACGUCGGGGAUAUAUGGGCAAUGUCAUCGUGGCAAACCAAAGCCCGUGUGAUGGCUCUGCGCAUCCUCCGCCUGAAGCCUUGCAAAAUAUUCAUGUACCAGAGCCUCUCAGUCCAGUAGGGCCGGAAGAUAUAUGGCGUAUCUGCAACGUUGUCCAGACUCUUCAGGAAGCAUCCGGACGCAUGGACAAGCAGUAUGCGGAGGGCAUGAUCGCAACAAUGUUCCGCGAGUGUGAUUGGGCUUCGUUCCGACCUGGGUGGGGAGUAGAUCUUCUUGUAUCUGAUAUCAAGUCAGCAAAGCCUUUUGCGAACUUUGGGCCACUUGGAGACCUUCAGUCAUUCGACGUGCGUUUCGAUGCAUUUCCUGGCAUUUGCUGGAUAAUGCCUAACCCUCCGUCUGAUUCUACAUCGCCAGAUCCAUGCUGGAGAUUGCGAUGGGUUUUGGAACGGGCGGCGAUGGAGUGUCUAUCGAGCGAUCCCCUCUUCCACUGGGCUUCAGUCUAG